AUGAGCGAUCUAAAGCGUCCUGCCGCCCAUGUCGACGACCUGUCCUCGUCGGUUGAGAAGAAGCAUCUCGAUCAUGACGUCGUUUCUACCUAUGAGGUCGAUAUCGCUGCACAGCUCGCCUCGGGCAACGAUUUCGUCCUCGAUCCGGUGGAGGCCAAGAGGGUUCGGCGGAAAAUUGAUUUGUAUCUACUACCUCUCAUGUGCAGUGAGCAUUCCCUUUGCGCUGUGAAAUUCUACCAAUGUGUGCUAACCGUCGUGCGUUUUACGAGUAACGUACCUGUGAGCAUCUCCUGUGUCCAGUCCAGACCGCCGGCGAUGACUUGCGCCACCCCAAGGAUGCAAUCCGCGGACAAGACAACACUUGGCCAGUCUGCUGUCCUCAAACUGCUAAAUGCUCCGAACGCCUUCCUGACGCAGAACCAAUUCAACUGGCUCGGGACCAUCUUUUACUUGUUCUACCUCGGCUUCGAGUUCCCUCAGAAUUAUGCUCUCCAACGCUUCCCGGUCGGUAAAUGGGUUAGCGUCAAUAUCCUGGUCUGGUCCAUCGCACUACUGUGUCAUGCGGCAGCGAAGAGCUUUGGGGCACUGUUCGCAUGUCGUGUCUUCCUCGGUAUAUGUGAGGGUGCGAUCACACCUGGGUUCAUGAUUGUCACCUCCAUGUUCUAUACGCGCCAGGAGCAGACGUUGCGUGUGGGUUAUUGGUACCUCAUGAACGGUGCUGCGGUUGUCAUGCUCGGGCUUAUUGCGUACGGGACCUUGCACAUCCAGUCGAACGUUCUCGAACCGUGGCAGUGGCUGAUGCUGAUAUUUGGGAUCAUCACAUUCGUUGUUGCGAUUUUGUUCUGGUUCAUGUUCCCUGAUUCUCCUGCUAACGCGUGGUUCCUCACCCCGGAAGAAAAGUCGAUCGCAGUCGAGCGCAUCAAGGUAAACCAAGCUGGUGCAGAGAACAAGCGGUUCAAGAAGUAUCAGACCCCAAGACUUGGUUAA